AUGAUGAAAGGGUAUACAUUGAUAAUCGUGAUAUUGUACUGGUUACUGAAAAAUAGUAGUUACGCCCAGUUGAAUUUAUAUCAAACCGAAGAAGAAAGAACGCCUGCCACCACUGUGGUUGAUUAUAAUUGUUUUUAUUACUAUUAUGGUAGUCCGCUUUUGUCACUGUAUGGUGUUCGUCCCACUGUACCAUAUUGUAUUCGUCCUGAAAGAUCACCAACAAAAUUUGAUAAUGACCAGGAGAAAUCUUGUAUACCCAUACGAAAAGCUGGUAAUAGUGUAGUUGAUUGUAUUGGUGGCACUGAUGAACGUUUAACGAAUAAUUGUACACAGCUGUAUCCAGUGGAACUUAAUAAACGUUUCUAUUGCAUGAAUAGUUCAGUUUGUAUAACACCAAAGCAAGUGUGUGAUGGAGAAUUCGAUUGUCCAUUUAGUGAUGAUGAGCUAGUUUGUCCAGGGUUAUGGUCGUAA